GGUGUCUCUUUUGUGUUCAUGCAUGACUCUUCUGUUUGCUGAUGGAACAGAAGGUCUUCAGUAAGUCCUACAUGGUGUCCAGACUGCCAAAAUUCGGUGCCCGUCCUGUCAAUGGUACCCCCUCAUCCCUUCCCAAUGGUGCGACCCAGACUGUGCUCACGCAAGAGGGCAAGAAUCCACCAGCUAGGCCAAAUGGAGUGGUCAGAGCCUCCUCCUUCUCCAUGAAAUGGAGAAAGGAUAGUGGUGGGCCGGUGGACCCUUCAAACCCAGCUGAGGGCACGAUACCAGAAGAGAGGAAAGAAGUUAACUCCCAACAUUCUCCUGGAAGUAGGGAGUUAAAAAGCCCUUCUACUCCCGCAACCAAAGUACGCAGGUCUGCCUCCACAUUGUCCACUGGAAGCCCUAAGCCUGCACCCAAAACUCCUAAAUCCAUCCCGAGUCCUAAACCAAAGCCCAAAUACUCUCAAAUUACGACAGCCUCCAAAAGUCAGGACAUAUCCCAAAAAAGCUCAGGCUCCAAGCCAACUCAAAAUGGGACUUCAUCUCUGUGGUCUUCACCGGGCCAAGCAAGCUCUUCGGGGCUUCAGCGACCAAGGGCGAACUCUAACUCUACUCAAAGCACCUCUAGAGACCGUUUGUCCCAGUCCAACGACAGCCUCUCACGACAGUCGCUCGUGCCUGACUACAUGGUGCGUUCUCAGAGCUUCACUCACUUCAAGCAACUGCCCUCGCUAACGUCCACCGCACCCAUGACGCGCUCCUUCUCUUUCAACAAGGCUGUGGAGCUAGCCAAACCGCUAACUAAUACACAGCUUCGUCCUCCGCGAACACUUGGACUCAAAUCUCCUUUGAGCCUGAGCAAAGGCCGGCUAGUGCUCGGUUUGGGGGGCCUGGGAUUUGAAAAGGGGAUAACAGAUAGACUACCUUCUGGGAAUCCUUCUUCAGAGGGUUUAACACCUCCUAAUUCCAUAAAAAGGCCUCUUCUGCCUAACUCUGUGCUGACAAAACCCUCAUUACAGGCCUACAGGCUAAAUCGACCAAUUCCUGCCAAACCGCAGUGCCCUCUAGUGGUUGGGAGGAGCCCAGUGGAGUGUGACAUUAUAACCCCGCCUCUCACUCCUGAGUUGCUCCAUUGUGCCACAAAGAACGCAUCAGCUUCCACAGAUUCCCCAGAGGAGCCUGUGACAGAGCCAGGGCUGGAUGGGAACCUCCGCUACACUGGGGAGGGUAUGGAGGACAUGUCUCUCUCCUCUGCAUCUUCUCUGGAGAGGAAUGACACAAGUGAAGAGUUCCUAGAUGACUUUAAAAAUCUAGGGGACAAGUCGGAGAAUGGCAUCCCUCUUAACAAAAAUCCUGUGGCCACUUCCACCCAAAUGCGCCUGCAGGGAUUCUUAAAUGAGACCAUGGACUGGACUGGGAUUGGUGUGGCAGGUGGCAAGGCAGAUUCAAGUGAUCCGCUCCGUGGUCCGCCGCUCAUGUCCCCUGACGUGGAUCGUCACGCGACCUCCUCUUUGGAGCUCUCCCCCUCUAACAGCUCUGGAGGAACAUACAUGUGGGAUGAGGAGGGCAUGGAGCCGCUGGGACACAACACACACAUACACCAUUGCAGCAGUUAUGAGUCAGACCUCAACAGCAUUGACAUUCUGAACAACUUGGAUAACACUGGCUCAUGUGACCUGGAAGAUGAUGACCUCAUGCUUGAUGUGGAUCUGUCAGAGGACAGGGCCUUACUCAGUGAUAGGAUGGCCCACUUCGAGCGCUCUGACAGGGGAGGCCGGCCGACUCAAUGGAGGAGGAGACAACAGAGAUGGAGUGGAAUGGAUCAUGCUCAUAAUGACAACAGGCUGGCUGGGUUUCGUUAUGAUGCCUGUCAUACAGGCCAUCGGCCCUUCCAUCCUGCAGUUCAGCAUGACAGUCACACGGUGGCGCUAGAUGAACUCACUCUCAAGCACAUGACGGAGGACUGCUCAUCUGUCAAAUCACAGCUGCUCAAACUUAAGAGUCUGUUGCAGAUGGAUGAUGGUGAGAUUACUCCAGAGAGUUUGGAUUCCAGAGAAGAUGACAGCAGAGCCCAGCAGAUGGAAGAACUGAUGAAGGAGGUGGCGCAUCUCAGGGAAGAGCUGAAAAAUAAAGAUAAAAUCAUUACACGGCUCACUCAUCAACAGCAUCAACAAUCUCCAGUGAGAUGUCAAUGUCAUCAGCAGAAGUCAGGGGUCAAAGGUGAGAGAAGAACUCAUCAUGAUAAAUCCACUCAGACGGUGUGGCGCCCGCCCCAUCAUCACCCUGCUGUGAGUCAUUUCUCGCUAUCUGGCUAACAACGUGCAUGUCAACUUGAUCGCAUCAUCAAGGCACCCAAAACUCUCCCAAAAUGUCAGUGUAGUGAGACGAGUGUAUCUGUGUGUGUCCUUGGUGAGCCGUCUGCCUCGUUUUUAUUUCCUGUUUCCCUCUAAACCUCUCUAGGCUUUAUAGGUGGCUAGUUGUUUACAAAAGGGGGAAACAAAUGUGUUGUCAGGGCUGAUAAAUCAGACAACACAUUCCUUCUGUUCUUUUCCUCUCCUCCAUCCUUUCCUCCCUCGCAUUCAUUUUUCAUGGUGAAAUAGCCCGACGGUCUCGCGGGAUGCACUGAGCUGAGGCUAGUUUGCCGAGGUGCCGAUUUGGCCAAUUUGCAGCUGCUAGGGGAAACCGG